AUGGCUGGCUGUCCUCAACACCAAGCUCGCUUGUCUCCGGAGCCUGAGAUUUGCAACACUGAUGGGGCUUUGGAUCGAGUUCUGGGACAGAAACAGCGAAAACGAUGUAUACCAGCCAUCUUCCUUCAUGCCGGCGCUGGCUUCCACAGCCACCAAAACGAGGACGUUCACCUCAGAGCUUGUGUUGCGGCAGCUGAAAUGGGAAUGAGGUUCCUAAAAGCCGGCGCCAGUGCAACGGAAGCCGUCGAGGCCUCGCUGCGAGUCCUGGAGGACAAGGAAAUUACCAACGCUGGUUACGGAUCCAACCUCUCCAUUGACGGCACUGUUGAAUGUGACGCAACAAUCGUUGAUCAUUUGGGCCGCAGCGGCGCAUGUGGUGCCGUACCAAACAUUCGGAACCCAAUCUCUCUCGCCAAACUGAUUUUUGAUGGAAGCAAGCGGCCGUUGAGCCUACGAAGAGUUCCCCCAAAUGCCCUCGUCGGAGAAGGUGCCAAAAUAUAUGCAGAAGAACACGGCAUGGCGACAUUUUCCAAUGACUAUCUCAUCUCCAAAAACUCCAGAGAUCGCUUCUUGCGCUGGCAGGACGAUUUAGUCAGAGCCGAAGUCAAAGCAAAGGAAGCUAGCAGUGCGCAAAAAUCCACACAAGCCAUGCACUGUGCGCCAUGCCAAUACGAAACUCUUCCGGCAAAGCCGAAUAUCACCUUUUCACGAGAUCACGCUGCCGCCAUCAUGUCAGGAACUUGGAAUGAAGGCCAGCCUAACUCGCCCUACUUGCCGCCCCCGGGAAUGGAUGAUGCUCCGCAGGCUGAAUUGACGACGCUGGGUAUCACGCAAAACGCCUGGAACCACGCCAAGAAUCCCUCUUGGAAGACUACAUAUCUCGAAGCCCAACCGAAGAAGCAAAGUAGAUUUUUCAAACCGAAUGAAGGUCAUGUCAAUGACGGGGAAAACGAUGGGCUCGGAGGCUGGGCGAAAGAGUCCACUGUUCCAGGAACUGACCCCGCGAACGACGAGGGAGGAUGGCAACAGCCGAAAAGGCGUCGAAAACCACAGAAGCGACGUUUGGAUGGGCCUGAUGACAGCGAAGACACUUUGAAUAAGCAUCUACAUGUGCCUGUUCAAGGCCCAGACUCUAUAAGUGACACAAUUGGCGCUAUAGCUAUUGACGAGGAAGGGUUGAUUGCAGCUGGUUCUUCAUCAGGAGGUAUUGGAAUGAAGCAUCGCGGCCGUCUUGGGCCAGCUGCCCUGGUCGGAGUUGGAACUGCAGUUGUGCCAUGCCAGCCUGACGAUGAGGAUGCAGUCUCUGUGGCUGCUGUCACCAGUGGCACAGGCGAGCAUAUGGCGACGACAAUGGCUUCCCAGCGUUGCGCCGAACGACUCUACAACGGCACCCGCAAGGGCCCGGCCGGCACCGAUAUACACGAUUACGAUGAAAGCGCCAUAAUGCAGUCAUUUAUUUUAAAUGAUUUUAUGAGCCACCCUGGCGUCUGCAAUGGGCCCUCGGCCGGCGCAAUCGGCAUCAUGGCGGUGAAGAAGACGCGAGCUGGGUACUAUCUUCAUUUCGCGCACAACACAGACUCGUUUGCUCUUGCUUCCAUGGGCGGCAAAGAUCCCUUGCCAACCUGUGUCAUGUCUCGCUUGCCUGAGGGUGGUAAAAUUGCCCAAGGAUCUCGCAAGAUUUCCACCAAAUAG